AUGAACAGUGACUACGAUUAUCUUUUCAAGCUUUUACUUAUCGGUGACUCCGGUGUUGGUAAAUCCUGUCUUCUUUUGCGUUUUGCCGACGACACUUACACUCAGGAUUACAUCUCGACCAUUGGGGUUGAUUUCAAGAUUAGAACCGUCGAACUCGACGGUAAAACCAUUAAAUUGCAAAUCUGGGAUACUGCAGGUCAAGAACGUUUCAGAACUAUCACUUCAUCAUACUACAGAGGCGCACAUGGUAUCAUUAUUGUUUACGAUGUCACCGAUCACGAAUCCUUCAAUAAUGUCAAACAAUGGUUACAAGAAAUCGAUCGUUAUGCCACUGGUGGGGUGAUGAAAUUGUUGGUCGGUAACAAGUCUGAUUUGACCGAUAAGAAGGUUGUUGAUUUCGCCCAAGCCAAGGAAUUUGCCGAUGCCUUGGAUAUCCCAAUUCUUGAAACUUCUGCUUUGAAUUCUAAUAACGUUGAACAAGCAUUCUUGACCAUGGCAAGACAAAUCAAGGCCCAAAUGGCCACUAGUAAUACUGCAGUCGGUAGUGAUAAGGGGAAAUUGAACAUCAAUAGUCAAUCUAUCGGGGCAAGUCAAAGCAACGGUUGUUGUUAA